AUGUCGCCCACCACUGCGCCCUACGGAACGUGGACAUCCCCAGUAGAUGUCGAUCUGGUCGUGAAGAGUGGCGUUGCAGCCACAGAGCUCCUGGUCGAUCCGAUUACCUCGACGGUCUACCACAUGGAGAGCCGCCCCGAGGAAGGCGGUCGCAGCGUGAUCGUCAACACGAAGACAGGAAAGGAUGUGGUGGGCAAGGAGUGGAAUGUGCGCACGGGGGUCCACGAGUACGGUGGAGCAGCCGCGGUAGUCUACGACGGCGUCUGCUACUUCUCCAACUUUUCUGACGGCCGAGUGUAUAAGACGAAGGAAGGUGAAGAGCCUGAAGCUGUCACUCCAGAGAGCAGCUACUCUCGUUAUGCCUGCUUUGCGGUACACCCGACGCAACCGCAUCUCCUGCUCGCCGUUCUCGAGAGCCACAAAAACCCUGAACCAUCUAAGGUUGUUAAUCAGCUUUCGGUCAUCGACACCAUCAAGAAGACUGUUACCCUCUUCGUCGCCGGAUCGGACUUCUACUGUCGCCCCACCUUCUCCCCCGAUGGCACUCACGUCGCCUGGCAGCAAUGGGAGCAUCCAGAUAUGCCCUGGGAAGGGUCCCAAGUUUGCAUCGCCGAAGUCACCGCAACCUCUACCGAUCUUUCGUAUCGCAACAAAAAGGCCAUCGCCGGCAAGCCUGGAGAGAUCAGCGCCGGGUACCCGCUCUGGGCGACAAACGACCUUCUCCUUUUCGUCUCGGACGAGUCCGGGUACUACAACCCGUGGAAAUACACGAUCUCCACCCGCACUGCCGCCGCCGUCCUCCCCGCCCCGCUCGAGGAGGACUUCGGGGAGCCGCAGUGGGGGCUCGGCUUCAACUCCGGUACCCCGCUCGACGCCGCCGGCGAGACCGCGGUCUACGCCGCCACGCGCGGGGGCCAGAGCGUGCUCUACCUCCUCGACGUGGUCACCGGCACGGCGCAACAACUCUCCUGCCCCUAUGUCGCCCUCUCCGCGGUGCACCGCGCCGCUCCUGGGAUCGUUGUCUUCAAGGGCGAGCUCAACGACGCCGACGGGCACAUCGCUAUGUGUACCUUGACGAAGACCGAAUCGAGUUUCGACGCGGCGUACACCGUUCUGCGCCAGGGCGAUGACGCGGCGGCGCAUCUGAAGGGGUUCGUCGCCUCCCCGCAGGGGAUGACGCUUGUGGACGAUGCGACGGGCGAUCCGGUGCACAUCCUCUACCAUCCGCCGACGAACCCGGAUUUCGUCGGGCCCGAGGGCGAGAAGCCGCCCGCUGUGUUCUACGCGCACGGAGGCCCGACAAGCGUCGUCUUACAGGGCCUGUCGUGGAAACGGACGUGGUUCACGAGCCGGGGCUAUGCAUGGAUCGACGUCAACUACGGUGGGAGCAGCAGCUACGGCCGCGUCUACCGCGACCGCCUACGGGGCAACUGGGGCAUCGUCGACGUGCAGGACUGCGCGACGGCCGCGCUCCAGCUCUCGCGAGCCCGCGGGCUCGUCGACGGGCAGCGGAUGGCGCUCACCGGCGGCUCCGCGGGCGGGUACACGGUGCUGCAGACGCUGUGCGCGCGGCCGGACGUGUUCGCCGCGGGCGCGUCCUCAUACGGGAUCUCGGACUUCUUCACGCUCGCCAAGUUCACGCACAAGUUCGAGAGCCAGUACCUGUUCAAGCUCGUCGGGGGCACGCCCGAGGAGGUGCCGGAGGUGUACACGGCGCGCUCGCCGGUGUACCACGCGGAGAAGAUCACGGCGCCGUUGUUGGUGCUGCAGGGGUCCAUCGACGCGGUCGUGCCGCCAGAGCAGUCGGAGAAGAUUGUGGAGACGGUGAAGCAGCGCGGUGGUCGAGUGGAGUUCAUAGUUUUCGAGGGCGAGGGCCAUGGAUGGCGGAAGGCGGAAAACAUUCGCACGGCAUUGGAGAAGGAGAGCGGGUUCUACGAAGACGUGUUUGGGCUCAAGAAGUGA